AGUAAAUGAAAUGGUGUUGGUGACGUGAUUAUUUGUUGGUGUGUGAUAGAUAAAAAUGUUAACUCUCUUCGUUUAAUGAAUUUAUUGGUAUACAAAUAUGAAAUCCAUUUAGAAGUACAUUGUUAUCACGAAUGACACCCACACGUAUUCACUUUACCUACAAAUACUACUUAAAUAUAUAAUUGUACUAUUUUAAACGCACAACGAAAAGGAAAUAUUGGUCACAAAUAUUAAAUGUUAUUCUGAAAAUAAUUAGGUGUCUCAUAAUGAGUAAUUUAAAUCCUUGCAUAAGUUUUAUUAUAUUACUCCUAGCUAUAAAUGUUAAAACGUCUCUUUCACAAUUUAACAAACCAUGGAAUGAUAAAUAUGAAAGCAAUAAGUGUCCCAAAUUGUAUCCUAAAAAUUUUGUAAACUAUGCUCCAGCUGGUAAUAUAACUGCUGGUAAUUAUUCUGAAAAAACCGAACUCAAAGGACUGAGGCAGUGUGUAAUGGCUUGCUGUUUAAGUGACUCCUGCAACAUUGUGUUCAUUGUUGAAGCUAGAUGUUUUCAUGUGGAGUGUGUCAGUGAUGAGAUGUGCUUGCCAUUUCCAAGAGUUGGCACAAAAAAGUGGCAGGCACAUGUGUCCAUGAUACUUGUAAAACCUGUACUUCUCAGUGGUUUGUUAUAUUUAAAAUAAAGUAUUUUUAUUGUCAACAUAUAUUAACCAUAUAUUUAUAUGUAUCAGUUUAUUAUUUUUUGGGUGGUUGCAGAAAAUUGGUCAGACAUAUUAGAUCAGUCAAGCUAUGCAGAAAUGAACAACAAUUAUUCUCCAGAAGAUGAUUCUUUAUAUUCCCCUUAUACGAGCCAUAGAAAUGAUAUAUUAACAGAGGAUGAUGAUACCAGCUUCUUAUCCCAUUUCCUCAACAACUUACCAAGUAUAGAAGAAGAUGAAGUGAGAACUUUUGAUAAAUAUAGAGAUAACAAUGAUAGUGAUAUGAUCAUGGAAGCAACAAACUAUCUUGACAAAGUACCAUGUGAUGUUGGAGCGAAUGAUUGCCCUUUUAAUUCUGAGUGUAUUCCAUUGGGUAUUAAACCAAAUAAUGGUAUCUGCAAAUGUGUAUUGGGUACAGAAGAAAAUGCUCAAGGAGCUUGUAUACAAAUAAUUAGACCAUAUGCAAAAGGACCAACAAUACCUUUAGAUUCAAUUAAAAAAUCUGAUGACAUACCUGAUAUUAAGAGUGAUGAUACAAAAAUGGACAUUUCUACUCCUAAAACUAUUCAAAAUUUAACAGUAUCAGUCUCAGAUAAACAGGUCCAGUUACCAGAUAAUGAAGUGACUUUAGCUGCCUAUACAAUUCCAGAUGAAAAGGCUACAAAGAGUCACUAUAACUAUGUUUGGACUUUAGUAGAUCAAUCUAAAGGUGGAUUCACUGGUAAUAUGAACCAAGAUGGAGCAACUGUGAAGUUAACAGACCUAACAGAAGGUCAAUACCGGUUCAAGGUCACUGUAAAUGGUACCAGCUCAUAUGGAGAAGGUUUUGCUACUGUGACUGUGUUACCACUGAAAAGGAUCAAUAAACCGCCAGUAGUGGUGAUCACUCCUCAAACGCAAACUGUCAAGUUGCCAAAUUCUGGGGCUGUACUUGAUGGCAGCUCUAGCAAGGUAUAAAAUAACCAUCCAUAGGUCUAUAGAGAUUUUUUCCAUUAACUUUGAAAAAAAUCUAAAUUAUACUUUUAGUGAGCUUGCUAUGUGAUAUUUGUUUUAUUUAAGAUCUUAAAGAUAACCGAAUAUUUUCAUGCAGCAGAAGUUUAUGCAGAUAUUUUUUUUUCUCUUUACUAAUGUUGUUUUUUUUUAAUUUCUGGAUCUGUUUUGUAUCAUUAUAAAAUACUAGUUUAGCCUAUGUAAACCGCGUAUGGUGUAGAUUCCCUUAGAUAAAUGUUUUUUUUAAUAGGUCUUGUAGUUUUUGAGCCUAUUCGACGCAAAAAAAAGGUACAAACAAUUGUUAUUAAUCUUUUUGAUAUUAGUAUAUUCGACAAUACUUUUAUUUUGUAGUAUUUUCAUUACUAAUGAUACUUAAAAUUGAGUACAGGAUGAUGAUGCUAUUAUAUCUUGGCACUGGGAGUCGACAUCUGGACCCAUUGGCUAUCAACCACCGCUGCAAGAUGGACCGACCCUUGUUCUAAAAGAUUUGAAACAACCUGGAAACUACACCUUUAGAUUGACUGUGGAAGACUCUGAUCAUGUAAAAAAUUCUACCACAGCCAAUAUUACUGUAUUAAAUCACACUGACUAUCCACCAGAAGCAAAUGCAGGUCAAGACGUUAUAAUAUAUUUACCAAAUAAUAAUCUUACUCUCAAUGGAAGCCUUUCUACUGAUGAUCACGAAAUAACAUCAUGGGAGUGGACGAAAUCUGCUGAGGAUGAAAACAAAGCUGUGGACAUGCAAAAUACACAUUCACCUUAUUUGCAAGUGGGUAAAACUAAUUUUAAUAAGAAUGCUGAGUGUGUAGUUUAUUAAUUUCCUUGAAGAGAAAAAUUCAUCUGUGUUAUACAGAAGCUUAUUAUUGGUAUAGAAUAGCUGCCCAGUUCCUGGCGAAGUUUCUGGUUCGAAUUCCAAAAAACGUUGAUUUGGAUGUUUAAUUACCUACCGUGACCGGCUUAAGUGACGACGUAGGAGAAAAAAAAAGUUGAUUAGCUAUUAACAGGGUACAACACCAUAGGAACUAACAAGACACUUUCAUUCCCUAUCAAUCGUAAUAACAUUUAUACCUAUCGCAAUAAUGUUUAUACCAAAUAAGUACCUUAUUUUUGGAUUAAUUGCCUACUCGUAUUGUGCAAAAUAUUUGCUGAAUCAUGAAUAACCGCUAGCGGCUUUAUGCUAUCACAUGCAGGAGUAUCGUCUGGAUUCCAGCUCUUUGUUAAAAUGUCCAAGAUUUCUUUAAAAAUUCGCACUUUUUCCACUUGCGUUUAGAUCUUCAAGUUGCUUUUAUAGGUUAAUAUACAAAACAAGGCACAUUUUAGUAGUUCCGUAAAUAUUUACUUAAAUCUAAUGAUCGAUUUACACGUGAUUGACUGCUUGUUGUACAAACAUCCAAUAAAAUUGUCAUUAGUUUAAAGCGACAUUACCCAUAUAAAUUUGACAGUCAUUAGAGUUUAAAUGCGUCAUUAAACCUUAAUGGACGUUUGGGCAACUGACCGUAAGUAGAUAGAUUUAAUUCUAAUUAAUCUUUAAAUAGUUAACUUUAACUUGCUGCUUAUUACUUAUUUGUGUGUCUACACGUACGUACAUAAACUCUUAAAUUUUAAGUUAAAAAUCUACUUAACCAUGUGCAAACCAGCCAUUAGUAACCAUGGAAGUUUAAUACAGAUAGUAAUUUGUAUAAUUUACAGCUGUCGAACUUAUCAGAAGGAGUUUACACGUUCGUGUUAAAAGUAACAGAUUCAUCAGGACAAUCGUCGACUGCCGACGUCCAUGUGUUCGUGAAACCACCCACUAACACACCUCCAGUAGCGAAUGCGGGUGCUGAUGUGGUAAGUUGCUUCUGGUCACUAUAAAUGUAGUUUUAUUUAAAACAGCCAACGGUAUGAGAAGGUGUGCUAAAUAAUAACAUAAAAACAACAUUACUAUAUAUUGAACCCCAUGCAUGUUGCUCACUCACAUAUACUAAUUCGUCCAAUAUUAGUAGUCAAAUUCACUGCAACCUCGCCUUAAUUAAUGUGUUUGUGAUAAAUAAUACAUGGUCUGUAAUAAUAAAGAAGGCAUUUGUGCAUGAUCUAUUACUAAUUUGCAUGCAGAUUAGCUCAAUGUCAUUUUGGAAAAGUUAUCACCUAUACAAAGAUUCGUCAAGUUUCAGCAAAAUUAAGAAAGAGCAUGGCAGCCAACAUACCACUAAAUUAUAAUUUCAGUUCAUAUCUCUACCUCAAACAUGGAUUACAUUAAAUGGGUCCGCUUCUCAUGACGACCACCGUAUUGUGGCCUACACCUGGCGUUGCUUGUCAGGCCCGACUAAUUCUAACAUUGUCAACUUUAAUGAGUCAGUGGCCAAUGCUACGGGCCUAACUAAAGGCCAAUAUGUGUUCUCACUGACCGUCUUAGAUGACAACGGAAAUUCUGCUACGGAUAAUGUCACUGUUACUGUCACGCAAAGUAAGUUUAUUUUAAGCUAGCGAGCCACACCAGCAUUUUACAUGUAGCAACGUUUUACUCGAUUUUUUUAGGAUUCAGUACCUAGAAAGGAAAAAACGGAACCCUUAUAGAUAAAACUCUCUUUGUCGUCUGUCCGUCCAUCUGUCUUUCAAGAUCCUAUCUCAGUAACGCGUGGAGGUAUCGAGCUGAAAUUUUACCAAAUACUCAGGUCUACUGGCCCUUGGAGCUAU